GUUCUGCCUCGCGUUUACGAAGUCAUCAUCUCAGGAAACAAUUAGUACUUUUGACGUCGCAGCGGCAGCGGCAAAGGACGCGGCCUUCAAGAAUACGAAGUGAUUUUUAUCUUUUCAUUGAGCUAUAGUUCCAUUUCCUUGCUGCACCUUCUUGACCCAUUCGGAAAAUUUCCCAAGAUGGAGCCCGAAGAGGCUUGGGAGCUGUAUGCGCAGCCGCAACCCCAGGGAUUGCGACUACCUUCCGAUACGGUAGAGGACCACCAACUCCAGCAAAAAUGUAGCCGCGAAAAAAACGACCCAACGUCAAAGGUGAAAACGCUCUCUCUUGCGGACCUGUCGUGUGCCAUGAUCGCUAUUUUCGGUUUCAAGUUCAAGAAAUACGAUCUGAAAAUGAGCAUCUGCCGCCACAACACUUGCGCACACGAGAUUAUAGGUGGAGCUGGUAGGAAUAAAACUACGACUUCUACUCCUACUGGUUCUUGUUCUGUUGACGUGACACAGGGGGCACUACAGCCAGAAUUAGGCGGCCUCUCAACAGCACAUCACACGACGAGCUCGUUCUCAGCAAGUACUAGAAACAAGGCCUUGCUGCUACAGUUGCACCAGCAGCGAACGCCUGCUUUUACUACAGCCACGUCGUCCACCACCGCGGAAACAGGAGCUGCACUAGCGCAAGAAUCCCAACAAAGCACGGCCCCCGGUGGUACAACAACAUCAAACAAGGUCAACAUGAUCUCUACGACGAUUGAUGAUCCUCCUUCGGACGCCGAAUUUUUCCUGUCCAGCAAGCAGGACUUCUUGAACCUGGUUCAGGAGCGGAAGCAGCUGCUGCAGAAUUGCACGACUAGUGGGAGUAGGACCGCGUAUCAGCAAUUUUCGGCGCUGGACGUGCAACACUGCGGGCAGGUCCGUGUCAGUGAUCUCAUGACGGUGGAAAUGGGAAGAACGGGGGGGAGUGGAGGGAGCAGGAGCACGAGGAAUACCAGUAGUACAUCAAGCUCUGGUCGAGGACCCUCCGCGCAACGGCCGCCUCUGCUGUCCGAGAAGUUGGCGAGCAAGAUUGUGCGGGCGGUGAGUCGCAACAAGACCACGUCGUUGGACCACAACGAACUAACGGGACAUCCAGAAGAGCCGUAUUUCACCUACCAAGACUACGCGGCCUACGUGCAGGACCGGGCGACGACGACGAGAGUGGGGGAAAUGAAGAAAAGCACUGCUCAACGUCCUGUAGUGGUCUCUGUGCACGAAGACGACCGACGUCCUCCCAGGAGCGCUAGUAACCAGCGAGACACAAAGCACUCGUCUUGCACUCCAAAAAAACCCACCAGUCAUUUUGUAGAUCAUAUGGAGAUCGAAUAACAAACUGUAGUGGAUCAUGUCGUGGAUGAAGCAACUACAUGAAGACAAACAUCAAUCGAAGGGAUUCAUGAGUUCACAAGCA